AUGGAAGUCGAGAUGAUAAUCCGAUUAACACCACCUUUCGUCUCUGUUCCUCUAUGGCGGACGAAAAUUGCAGGUGAAGCACAAAUUUAUGCCAUGGUAGUCGGAAGUUUGAUUUGUUUAAGCAGAUCUCCUUCUAUGGGAAGAAGCUUAGCCGAACAACAUCUUGCUACAAUGAAAAUUUGGGGCAGUCAAAUGGUCUCUCUAAGUUGGAAUGGGUGGUCUCGGAAAUACAAUUUUAGAGUCAUAACAAACACACUAAUCAAGAGUUAUGGCAGAUUUAUAAAUAACACCAUCAUCGUCAUCAUCUACGGGAAAAGAAAAGAAAUUUUGGGUGAUUGA